UACAACAUUUUAUACCACAUCUCAAUUAAAUGUUAAUCCCCUACGAGGUGAAAUAAAACGUUACUAUGGUGCGGGUUAUGUUCAAAAUUUAUCAUAUAAUCGUAUGGAGAAUGAAGAUAUUUUAGAGACAUUAAAAUCAUCCAAGUGGAUAGAUCGUGGUACCAGAAUAGUUAUUCUCGAAUUUGUUUUAUACAAUAACAAUGUCCUCAUGUUCGAUAAUGUAAAAAUAAUAGCCGAACUGCCACCUGUGGGAGGCCUAAUAACCUCCCAUCAAUUUCAAGCAAUCAAAUUGUAUUCAAUAUGGUCAGAUGCAGAUAAUGGAGCUUAUGCAGCAGCUGUUAUAUUUUAUUUGAUGACAAUAUUCUACACCUGUGAAGAGAUUGGUGAAUUUGCAACGAUAGGAGCUUUGAGCUAUUUUAAAUCCAUAUGGAAUAUAUUAGAUAUUUCUGUGUUACUGAUGUCCUAUUUAUCCUUGGUGUACAACAUGAUCCAUUUUAAAUAUUUGAAUGACAUUCUUAAGAAUUCCAAAGAAAAUCCAAAUACUUUUUGGAGUAUUGAUGAAAUAUGUUUUUGGAAUCUUCUAUAUAUCGAUAUGAUGGGUAUAUGCGUAUUUUUGGUAUGGAUUAAAAUCUUCAAAUAUAUCAGCAUCAAUAAAACAAUGCUACAGUUUAGUACAACACUGAAGCGGUGUGCCAAAGAUUUGUGCGGUUUUGCUGUUAUGUUCUUUAUUGUUUUCUUGGCCUAUGCUCAGCUAGGUCUUCUGAUAUUCGGCACCAGCCAUCCGGAUUUUAGAGAAUUUGGAAUUUCCGUUAUUACACUGAUGCGCAUGUUUUUGGGUGAUUUCGAAUAUGAAUUGAUAGAAGAAGCCAAUUACAUCUUGGGACCCCUAUAUUUCUUAAGUUAUGUGCUGUUUGUGUUCUUUAUUUUAUUGAAUAUGUUUCUGGCCAUCAUAAAUGAUACCUAUGGUGCUGUUAAAGAUGAAGUCAAUCAGGGACGUUCCAAUUUCGGUCCAUAUUUAUCAAGAAUGCUGCAGAAAUGUUACUGGUGGAAGAAGAAAGGCGAUGGUUUUGAAAAUUCAAAAUAUUCCAAUGCUGAUGAAGAUAAUUUGGAACUCAAGGACAGUCUUAAUCGAAGUUCAGAUACAUUUUAUCCAAUGACGAAUGAAAGUUCUAUGCCCGAGGAUGAUACAUUGCGUUUGCGUGUAAGUGAAUUAAUAAGAGAAUAUUUCGAAGAGUUACCUCUAAAUGAGCAUCAUCUAAAAAAUAUAACUUUCAAUUCAAAGGAAAAUGAUGACAUUAGACGUUUAACAAAUCGCAUUACGCUGUUGGAAGAUGUUCUGGAACAAUUAAUUGCCGACAUGGAUCUUAUUUUGCAGAAAAUUGAAGGAAAGCAAAUAUGUAGCAGAAAGAAAUAA